AAAUUGUUUGAAAGAAAUGUGGGUAGUGGGAGAAACUGGAGACAACAGGAACACAGAAAAGAACAAAUUGCAAGCAAUAUAAAUAUAAGGCCCCAAGGGCAAAUAUGGAUUUGUUUAGGGAAGAAACAAGUUUUUACAUUCCAGUCCCAAGCUGUCUAAGCACAAGCUGGGCGUGACUUUAACGCAGCAUGUCUCAACUGGAGCGAAGGAAGGCAACUCAGAGAAUGGGAGUGAUAGAGGAGAAUUGUACCGAAACAGGGAACAGCUCACAGGUACAGAAAAGAGAUUCUGUCAGAGAAACAGACACUCACUAAGGGACACAGUGGCAAAAAUGCCAUAAAGAAAAGGCACUGGGUCAAUCAAAGGAAUUCCAUGUGUUCUGACCACUUAUGGUCAUUAAGGCUCUUAUUCAGAUGCUGCCCAGCUGUUAGCCAUGCCCUCUCACCUCAUUUCUCCCAGUUGCUUAUUUCAUUGAGAGAGACACUACAGAGGCAGAACCCUUGGGAUACUAGAGGCUCCUAAGCCCUGAAACAUCCAGUUUUUACAUUUCACCAUUUCCUUGCCAUCAGAAUUCUUUAAGCAAGCAAGCUGCUUUUGGGGAGAUGGAAUAAAGGGGAAACCAGCACUAUUGAUUUAGGUGUAUAUUUAUAAAACUGAGUGGUGUUAUAUCAGCCAUGAACUACUGCGUAAACAGUUUUGGGAAUGACACACUCCUGAGCUCCCAAGCCUCUCGCAUCUCAGGGACCAUAUUUCUAGCUUUGGCAGCCUCCUUGGGUCUCCCUGGCAAUGCCUUUAUCAUAUGGAGCAUACUGUGGAAGAUGAAAGGUCGUGAGAAAUCUGUGACUUGCAUCCUUAUCCUUAACCUGGCAGUGGCUGAUGGAACAGUCCUUCUUCUCACUCCUUUCUUUAUAACCUUUUUAGUGCUAAAAACCUGGAUUUUUGGUCGUGCUGUUUGUAAAUUGGCUUAUUACAUAUGCUGCCUCAAUAUGUAUGCCAGUAUAUUUAUUAUUGCAUUAAUGAGCUUAGAUCGGUUCCUUGCUGUCUUCCGGCCCUAUAUGGCUCAGUCCCUUCGAAGAAAGGAUAUGGUGACAAAAGUACUCAUAGCUAUCUGGCUGCUAGCUGGUGCAUUAGCCCUUCCAGCCUUUGCCUUUAGAGAAGUAAUAGAGAGCCAAAAGUUAAAUGCCACGAUUUGUGAACCCUGCCAUGCAAGCCGUGGAGAAUCCAUAUUCCAUUACAGUUUUGAGACACUUGUAGCUUUUCUGCUUCCCUUCCCCAUGGUAUUGUUCAGCUACAUAUUGGUUCUGGUCAAGCUGAAAGCAAGCCGCUUUGGGCAACGCUCGCGGAUUGAAAAACUGAUUGCUGCCAUUCUAGUGACAUUUGCCAUUCUUUGGCUCCCAUACCAUGUGGUUAAUGCCAUACAAGUGACUUCUAAUCUCACUUCUGGGCAGGUGUCUGAGAAUUUGAAAAAAGCUGCAAAAAUAAGCAGAGCGGGUGCGACGGCCUUGGCCUUCUUCAGCGCCUGUGUCAAUCCUCUGCUUUAUGCCUUUGCAGCCUUGGAUCUUUUCAGGAUAUUUGGGGUAGGCUUUGUGGCCAAACUACUGGAGGGGACAGUGGCAGAGAUACAGAAAAGAGUUAAGUCUCAGAGAGAUCUUGUAAAAGGACUUGUCAGGGUUGGGAGUCGUGGAGAAUCGGCGGAUCUGGAAGUAAAGAAUGGUCUAAAAGAGACACCCCUGAAUGGCAAUCAACUGCCAGAGUAAUGGACAUGCAAUAAGCUACAUGCCAAUGACUUGACAUGUCUUUGUAAGCUGAGGGGCACAAAGAUACAUGCCAGCUAUUUUUUCUUAUAGCUGAUUGAUGGAAUUGAUUUUACCAAAAGAUGUUUUUUUUUCUUGGCAAGAGUCUAUCAAAAAGGCCCAAAGUGCAGUCUCUUCUAGGAAACCUCUUUCCAGUUCAUGAAAAUCUAGUGGUUAAACAUUAUCAGAUGUUCUUUAUAAAUCUGUCAUUUAUGCAAUAGAACCUGCAGUAGCCAAACAAUAGUGUUGUGUUGCAGAGUUUUUAUAAUUAGAUAUAAUAUUUAGAAAUGUCAGUGUAUAUCACUAUAUACGUCAAAGGCAAAGAAUCAAAAAAGUCUAAGGGGGUCAAUGUAAUAACCUGGAAAAACAUUUACCCAUUCCAGUGCCCUGUAAAUGUUUCCAAUGUUACUACCCUCAUCAAGAUCAACAUUUAUUCCUGCAUACAAAGUUGCCACUGAAUGGUGAACAUUCCUAAGCAACAACUGGGCAAAUAGCCAACAGACAGUGGUUAACUGAAUCCAAUAAGCAAGUUUAUCAUCCAUAAGAAAACAGGGGGAUAGUGAAAGUUAAGUUGUUUUCUUCUCUUUGUUCUGGGAGUCAUAUGAAUUUUAAAUUUUUGUCUUAGGUGUAUGUCUAGUUUGAGUAAAGCUGGCCAUAUUCAAAAAAUUAUUAAAUGUAAAGCAUAAAGCUAAGAUUUUAUGAACUAUUUUUUAUAUCAAUUGUUAAUAAAAACUAUAUUUUGAUUCA